UCCACCUCACCAAGGGCUCCAUUUACUGAGGGAUCAGACUCAUUUAUGGUGGGCUGGGAUUAUUAUCAGUUCAACGGGGCAAUUUCUUUCUUACAGUCACCCUUCAACCUGGAAAUAUAUACACGUGUGAGACAUUUAUGGGUGCAUGCAUCUCGUUUCAGGGAUAAUCUACGCAGCUUUUUUUCGCUAAAACUAAUUGUGUAUUCUCAGCAGAAAAGACUGGGAAUAAUAAAACAUCUAUUAGCAAUUUCAAACAAAUCCAUUCAUCAUAUUUAUACUCCCAGGACUUUAAGUUGGACACUAGUGACUGUGACAUGGAGCUUUUUUUUUAAAGGCUCCAAAUCAGGAGAGCUGAUCACCACUGCAUGUGAGCUGGGGGUGGCCCAUCCUCCAGGAUAUCCUGUCUUCACCCUACUUGCUCGCCUGGCUAUGUGUCUACUGCCCUCACUCUCUCCAGCCCACAGUGUCAGCCUGAUGAGCAGCCUGCUGGGGGCUGCAGCUUGUGGUACCCUCUGCAUCACAGUCUGCAGGUUGGCGGGCCCCGGCCCCGGAGCGGUGCUGGCCGGAGGGCUCUUCGCCGUGUCCAGGCUGAGCUGGCAGUGGUCCAUGGUGGCAGAGGUGUUCGCCCUCAACAACCUUUUCGUCGGUCUGCUCUUCUUCUCGACCGCCAGCUUCCACUGCGCUGAAAACGCCACCCAGAGGCAGAAAAUUGCACACUGGGGAGCGCUGUGCUGUGGCUUGGGGCUCUGCAACCAGCACACGCUGCUGCUGUAUGUGCUGGUCAUCAUUCCCUGGGUCCUUCGCCGUCUUCACUCUCUCAGGGAGCUGACGUUGCGUGGCGUCGUGUCUCUCGGAGCGUGUUUCUUCGCUGGCUUCCUGCCGUACGUCUACCUGCCCAUCUCCUCCUACCUCAACACAGCCCGCUGGAGCUGGGGGGACCAGACCACGCUGUCGGGCCUGCUCACUCACCUGCUGAGGGAGGAAUACGGCACCUUCAGUCUGGCAAAGACGGAGAGCUCUGUAAACCUGACCUCCAUGCUGAAGGCCCAGUUGAACCACUGCGUGGAAGACCUUUCAUUUCCUGCUGUGGUGCUGGCAGGAAUAGGCCUCCUCCUCUCCUCAUGGGACAGGACGUGUGGCUCGGUGUCCUGGCUGUUUGCUGCCAUGCUGUCGGUCUACUCGCUGUUCUUUGCCUGGAGGGCCAACCUGGACAUCAGCAGACCCUUACUGCUGGGAGUGGUUGAGCGUUUCUGGCUGCAGAGCGAUGCUGCAGUGUGUGUGCUGGCCGGCCUCGGCUUGAGCCGGACACACACUGCGCUGGAGAGGAGGCUGGGCUGGGGGGGGUUGUGGAAGACCGCAGGCUGGGUCCUCACCGUGGCUCUGCUGGCACAUAUGGUGCACACCAAUCACAGGGAGUGCGAUCAGAGCAGAAACGGCGUGGUGGAGAGGUUCGGCAGGGAGCUUCUGGCCUCGGUCCCAACGGACUCCAUCAUCCUGACGAGGGGAGAUCUGCCGGGAAACUCUCUGCGCUACCUACACUACUGCCAGGGCGUACGGCCCGACGUCCGUCUGGUGGACCAGGAGAUGAUGACGUAUGCUUGGUAUGUGGCCAAGCUGGCGCAGCACCACCCCGGGGUGCACUUUCCUGGCCGCUGGUGGGAGCCAGUCCGUCAUGAGGAGAGAGACACCUUCAGUCUGGAGCAGUUUCUGUCCCACAACACACAGAGAGACGUGUUUGCCUGCAUCGGGCUACCUGAAGGAGACCGAAGCUGGGAGCGUAGUUUCUCUCGGUGGCCCCUGGGUGUGUGUGACUACUUGGUGCCAGUGAAGAGGCAGUUUGACCCUGAACGGUGGGCCCAUCGAACUCGAAACAUCUACAACUGGACUGAGCCACACAACAGUUUCCAUCCUGCGUCCUGGGAGCGCGUCGCUAAUGAGGAGAUGUGGCAAGCCAGGAUGAAGACGGCUUUCUUUCUGUUUGACCUGGCAGAGAGGAUGCAGGGAGAGGGGAAAGCUCGCCUGCUAGAGCUGUCUUACACUCUGUAUAAGGAGAUUGUGGAGGCCCAAUUGGACUACCCUCCAAACUGGGACAAGAACUUGGCGCUGGCCUGCGAGAGGCUGCUCCGAUCAGGUCACCGGGGCUACAGUCCAGACAGCCUGCUGACCUGCAGCACCCAGCACUUUAGUCUCUUCUUGCAGAAGGAACCCACAGACCCCCAGACACCUGCCAUACGCGCCGCCAUCACCGACCUGCUCAAAGAGAGGGACGAGCUCCGCCAGAGCUGAAAGAAAAGCCCCAAGCUGCCGAGGAUUGUGGGAACCCGUGGAAUCGCCGUGACCAGGGAUGCAGGCAGGGAGCCACGGCAACGCUGGAAUGUGGGGCGUAUGAGGAGAUAAGAGCUGUGAGCCCAGCCAGGGAGAGGGGAGGGAUGCAGCAAGAGAGAGGAGCACCGAGGGAGGAGGAGGACGAGGCAGAGUGAGGAGGGUGAGACGGAAACAGGGAGUGCAGCAAGUCUGUGAAUGGAGAGACAGAAACACAACACCAUAAACAGCCCAGAGAGCAAGACAGAGAAAGAGGGGCGGAGGACUUAGGGGGGCACACACUGGAGAUGGGAAGCCAGCCUUAUUCCUCUUUGCAUUUCAUUUACAUCCCUGGCCGUAUCGACCAAUCGGAUUGGGAGCAAAGCCCAGGGCUUAGGAGGGGAAUAAAAAGACAAAAUGCCUUUGCUGCUCUCAUCCCUCCCUGAUAAUACCCCUUCUGUUUUUCUUUUCUCUUUCUCUCCCGUCUAUAAGUAGAUACUGUCCGAAAUGCCAGCGGAAAAGCGACACCUCCGCUUGCUGUGUACCUCAGAUAGACGGAGCGGGAGCAGAGGCUGAAAAGACAGCUUUAGCAACUGGGCCUAUCUCCUCUCCUCUCCCUGGCUGGGUGGAGGCUUGGAGUGGAGGAAGGCGGAGGGCUGGGGUGUGCUGGUUAGUGUUUGGGAAGAGAAUAGAGGGUGUGAGAGGCAUGAUGUACUCCGCUGGCCACAGAUUUUUGCAGAAUCUUGCACUGUGAAAAACUUUGCUUGCAGAUCCUUCCCCUAAGCAUGAGAAACCUGUUUCAAGGAUGUUUACGAGGUGCCACCCAUCUUUGUGACGGUUCCCGAUGCCUGCUUCCGAACUCCACACCUAUUUUUAGCCUUGGAUUGUUGUUAUUCUAGUGCAGUAAGUUGCAGGUUUAGCUGAAACUCUUGUGAGUUGGUUAACAGCAAUGUAUCAGUAGAAUACUGUCGAAACGUAGCUGUAAAAAACACUGCAGUAAUUUAAAGCUGUUGUUAUUUUGGCUGAAUGGAAUAUUUUCCUAGAGACUCAGUGAUGUGUAUUGGGUAGAAUUAGGCCCAAUCAGGUCAGUCUGUGUUGACAUGAUGUCCUGAUUGACUCGUCUCAGCUUUUUGUUUGCCGUCACUCUUGAUGUGUGUGCUUCUCAGUGUGUGUCAGGUACAGUGUGUUUGCAGGUUUACUGAGUUUAUUUGUCCAGGUGUUUGUCGUGCCCUCCAUUGUGUGUCAUUCGUGGCUGAAGGGACAAAGUAUUUGUGUUGUUUCUUUUCCGUCUUUGUGCUCACGUCUUUGUGUCGGAGCACCCAGACUAUUGUUCUGCCGCUGGAUGCAGUGCUGGCAUCGCUGCUGAUAUAGAGCUUAUUGAAUUGCUGUUGCACGGAUGCGAGUUCAUCCCAAUAGGACUCUGCAGCGAAGCAUUCACACACGGAGAAGGUCCUUUACGCAUGUGAGAGAUAAGGUCACCUCAGGACCCUGAGUGGACCCCCUCCACCUUCAUAGCAUCCUCAUCCUCCUCAGACCGCACACCCUCGCCCCUCUAGUAAAACAAACCAAACAAUAGAGGCAGAUAUGUGAGGGAUUAGAGGUCAGAGGGUUGGGGAAUGCGACAUCUCCAUUUCCAGGAUCUAUCUUCAACCGCUUGGUAAUCUCUGGCCCCACAUACCUCCAGUGGACUCUGGCUGAGAGCUGGCAUUGCCAGGUAGUGUGAGCUGGUACUCCUGCUGGGUAUGGGGAUGCUGAUAGGAGAGUGUGUGUGUGUGUGUGGGGGGGGGGGAAAUAAACCUGAUAGUGUGGUUGGAUGGAAGGGUGAAGAGAUGAGUAACAAAGGGGCCUCACGUUAUAGCCAAACCUCACCUAAAUCCUCACCAAUAGGUCGGUGUGUGUGUGUGUGUGUGUGUGACAGACACGUUAAAGUGUGCCUGUCUACUUUGCGUGCACGCGUUCGUAAAGUUUGUUUAAAUCUGCAAAUGUGAAAUAACUUUAGAGUUCUUCAGAGCAAACUUAAAUAUAAUCCUCAAGUUCCCGUUGUUAUCUUGUGUAAACACAUUUGUUUAUUUGAUGCAGCCCCUCUCCACUACAGCACUUCUGUAUAUCAAAGACGGCAGUGCAGAUCGCAAUUGAAAAUGGCUGCCGUGAAGAAAGGUCUCUCUCUGCCUUUGACUGCGAGGAGGCAGAAAGAGCCCCGUUCUCCGCUCCCUUCUUAGAUCCAUUUAAAUAAUUGAGGAGUAAACUGACAAAUUAGGCACCUUUACGGAUGCCCCUGGGCUCUCUCUGGGGUCCUUCAGUUUCCCCAAUACAAGAGAGUGCCACCAGCCACAGGAUAGUAUCUGUGUGCUGUGAGAGGGGGAGGGAGG